AUGAGCCGCGCACUCAAGAAAGUGGGGCAGGCAAGCAACAACUGUGCUGACGUCACAAAUGAACCAGUGGUGCGGAACGCAACCACUGUGCCGCCGCCGGAGCUGGGGAGAGAACGAGCUCUCGGAGUCGAGCGAGCCUUUGUGGACCCCCUCCUGCGCGAGAGCAUCGCUUAUGUGGUCACACGAGUGGGCGGAGUACGAGGGAUCGAGAGACCAACCUGCAUGGACUCCGGGGCUGACGUCAACGUGAUGUCACUCGAAACGGAAAACCUGAACUAUGAUGUCCUUCUGGGGACUACUUCGAUGAAGAAAGUCAACGGCGUAAUUAACUUUCCGAAAGGACGGUUCGAGUUCCAACUCCCCCGCACUCACAAAGUGGUGGCGCUGAACCUCAUCACCCCGCCAAAGCGGGGGAAGCCAAUCCCACAGGUACAAAUAGUGCAGGUUCCCUCAAUGGCCCCCUUUGCAGGCCCCUUUCCCCCCGGCGACAAGGCCCCUGGGAAGGCCCCCUCGCCAACAACUAGCGAGGGGAUCGAGGAACUUCCACAGGUGGCCAUGGUCUACAACCUUCGCCGGCUGCGCAUGAAGGGAAUCCCUGCAGGGAUCCCCCCUGAAUGCUGGCGCCGCGUCACCAUAACCCCUGCAGGUCCCCAAAGUCCGCCGACUUAUGACACCAAUUGUUCUGCAGGAAACAACGAAGACAGCUCCGACUCAGAAACCGGGGACGAGUCUUCGCAGAGCGCGGAAAGCGCGCUUAAGCGCGACGCGACAGGCAAUGACGACGCCUCUGAUCACGGGAUGCCCCGCUUGCUACCACCGGACACCAAGCCCCAGUUGCAAGCGGAGAUUGGUGAUGACCCCGUGACGUCACUAAUCACGGUUGAGGAGACCCUCCCUGGCGAUGCCUCCGACGAAAGCGCCGCUGGACACACCAACAGCGCCGCGCUUCGGUGGACUAGUCCGCGCCACUUUUGCCGAUAG